AGUUCUGGACUUCACAAACCGACGUCAGUUCUAUAGAACAUCACGUAAACAAACACGUUGCUCUAUCGGAAACAUUCGAACGACAGCGGAAGCCAGAUGUGCUCAAAGUGUGUUUUCAUCGCGUACCGUUCGUGACACCAGAGUUACAAGAGCCCAUGACGUGACGUCAAAAAAGAUGCGGUACUCUAUGAGUAUGACGCCAUGUAUGGCCAUGGCAACAGCGUUGGUUGUGGCGAUGUUAUGUUGCCAAGCAGCGGCCUUCCACGCACAACACAAGGGUACGGAUAGAUUCCGCCCCAACCCCCAUUCUGAUGACGAUUAUUCUGACUGGGAAGGCGGCGAUGAUGAGGAAGAGUCGUCAGAAGAGGAGGGUGACUACUACCCUGACUGGCGCACGGCGUCCGACCAAGAGCCCGUCUGGGUGGCACAGAACCCGGGGGCUGCAGCUGCCAGCGCGAAAAAAGAGACACCGCCUAAGGCUGCAGCUUCUAAAGCAACCCCGGCACCUCACCCUGGGGCUCCCCCGCGCCCUGGGGCUCCCCCGCCCCCAGGGGCUCCCCCACCCCCAGGGGGAACCCCACCACCCCCUCAGGGUGCAGAAAAGGCAGGAAAAACAAAGGGCGGUAAGAACACUACGGGUCCGGCGGUCCCCCCGUCUUCGGACCAACCUAUUCUUCCCGUUCCUAUCCUGGGCAGCCCCAUCCUGGGUCCAGAGGUACCCGACAUCCCUCCAAACGGGGGACAGGCGCCUUGGCUACCGAGCAAGACUGGCCAAGCUCCCGGUGGCAAAACAGACGGUACCCGGGGUUCACUAGGGCCUGCUGAGUCAAACCCACCCAGUUCCUUUAAGGAUGUUAAAGAACUCCUUAAGACUUUAAGACAAGUGAUGGCAGCGAAGAAAAGACCAAAGCCUUUCGAUCACGGGCCAGGUGAUUUGCCUGAAGAUGAAGCCGAAGGAGAAGAGCUAAGCCUGUCCACUGACAGUGAUGAAGGGACAUCUUGUGGAAAUACACUGAAUAGCAAGGAUGCCGUUCUGAUAAGGGAGAACAACGAUUUGAUCAAGAAACUCAUACAUACGGUGGAGGAACUGAAAACAGGUCUGUUUAACCAUGAACAGGUUAAAAAUAAAGGUUCAGGAUCAGGCACACAUCAUCAUAAGAAAGGCCAUGCAGAGCAACAAGAAGCACCAAGAAGAGAUGACAGUGACGUGGAUGAACAUAAAGGACAUCACAAGAAGAUACAUGUACAUCAUCAUCAUAAGAAAGGCCAUGCAGAGCAACAAGAAGCACCAAGAAGAGAUGACAGUGACGAGGAUGAACAUAAAGGACAUCACCAUAAAGAACCAGAAGACCCUGAGGAUAAUCAAGAUUGGACCAAAAACAGUGAAAACACAAAUGUGAAAGAAUCUGAGAAGCAUCACAGCAGAAAACAGCACAAACAUCACAAUGUAAAACACCAGGAGACAGAACAUCAACAAGACACAAAGGAAGGUAAAACACCUGGUGAGGACGGCAAGAAACAUGGAAACCAUGGUCACAAGGAACACACAAGUGUGGGGAGGAAAGAUAGCAGGAAUGAGGAAACACAACACUCACAGGAAGGAUGGGAAGACUAUGAAGAGAAGGAUGACAGAAGCGAUGAGAAAGAUCAGGGAGGAACAACAGAUGAUGAGGACAGUGAUGAUGAUGAUGAUGACAACACCACAGAUGAUACUGAUGACUGAUAAAGGAGUUUCAAUGUUGGAGAGAUGAAAAAUGGUUGUGAAACAUUUAUAUCUUGGCUGCAUUUAAUCUACAGCUGAGAACUAAGCAAUACAUUAGCUGAAUCUCUUAUAUUUUGAAAGCUUACAUUGAACUUGCUUGUUGAAAGCUGCACUAUGUUGUAGCAGACAUAUUAUACAACAUUCCUUUGUGAGGGGAAAGCCUUUUUUUCUUAGAAAUGUUUAUAACUUAUGCUUGUUUACAAGAACAAUAUAAUGUGUUUAUUAACUGAAGUACAAAUGUUACUACACAUUCUUACCUCAACUGAUCAAAGCCUUAAUCUUAGUGUGAAGUACAGUACACUUAAUUUCAUAACUCUGAUCGGAAAUUUUGUCAAUUAGUUGUUGACACAAAAAUGACUAGAGUCGGCAGGUUUUUGCUAGGGACAGUUGGGUAACCAGAAACAAUUUUUAUUCCUAGGCUUUAGAAUCUGUAACAAGUACCAUUUUACGUAACGCUAUUAGAGAGGGUAUCACACAAUAAACACCACAGGAAGCUGA